AGCGAACUUCCCCCUUCCUUAUUCAUUUACCAAAAUAAUCAGUUUUUACCCUUGUUCGCAUAUUUUUUAAAAGCUCAUUUCAGGUCCAUUUCUUUCAAUGGAGGAAACAGACGAAGUUCAACAGACGAUAGCGGAGACGGUAAAAGAGCGGCCGAGGAGAAACAAGAGAAAGUCGGUGGCGGACAUGGACGCGUCGCCUGACUUUACAUUCAAACGGCCGUCUUUGAGAAGAGGAAGUUCUUUCACGUUUUUGACACCUGGACCCCAAUGGGACUUCACUCUGAAACGCAAACGCAGAGAGAAAGAUGACGUGGAUGCUGUCAGUCUUUGCAGCUUUGACUUUAAGGAACCCUGUACCAAGCGCGUGCGGCCCCUGGGCCGAGUGACCUCCCUGGCGAACCUCAUCUCACCCGUGAAGAAUGGGGCCGUCCGACGUUUCGGCCAGACCCUCCAAGCCUCGUUUCGGGGCGACGGUCGGUCUCCGGGCGUGCCCCAGCAGAAGCCCUGCAGCAAGGCCGCAGCCCCGACGCCGCCCAAACGCCGCAACAGCACGCUCUGGUCCGAGACCCUGGACGUCCACCAGAAGGGAACCUUUUCCACCAAGGAGAUUAAGAGACAGGAGGCUAUUUUUGAGCUGACUCGUGGAGAACAGGACCUGAUUGAAGACCUGAAGUUAGCCCGAAAGGCGUACCAUGACCCGAUGUUGAAACUCUCGAUUAUGUCCGAGGAGGAGUUAACGGCCAUCUUCGGAGACUUGGACGCUUAUAUUCCCGUUCAUGAAGAUCUUCUCGCUCAACUGGCGAAAGCCACAGGCCCGGAUGGUACGGUGAGACAGAUUGGCAAGAUUGUUGUGGACUGGCUGCCGAGGUUAAACGCUUACAGGGAAUACUGUAGUAACCAGCUGGCCGCCAAAGCGCUCCUCGACCAAAAAAAGCAAGACCCGAGAGUUCAAGACUUUUUGCAACGUUGCCUCGAGUCGCCGUUCAGCAGGAAGCUGGACCUGUGGAGCUUUCUGGACAUCCCUCGCUCACGACUGGUCAAAUACCCGCUUCUUCUCAAAGAGAUUCUCAGACACACGCCGCCAGAUCAUCAGGACACGGCGAGUCUCGAGAAAGCGAUAAGCAUCAUUCAGGCCGUGCUGGCCGAUAUUAACAUGAAGAAAGGAGAGUCGGAGUGCCAAUACUACAUAGAUAAGCUGGAAUAUCUGGAUGAUAGACAGAAAGACCCACGCAUUGAGCAAUGCAAGAGCCUGCUUUGCCACGGCGAACUGCGCAACAAAAGCGGCACGAAGUUGCACGUGUUCCUCUUCACGGAGGUUUUGGUCUUAACGCGGCCCGUGACGCGGAACGACCGCCACUGCUAUCAAGUGUACCGUCAGCCGAUCCCAGUGCAGGAUCUCGUUCUGGAGGACCUCCAAGACGGAGACGUACGCAUGGGCGGCUCAUUCAGAGGGGCGUUUAGUAACGCAGACAAAGCCAAAAACAUCUUCCGGGUUCGCUUCCAGGAUCAAGCUCACGGUCAGUCCCACACGCUGCAGGUCAACGACAUCUUCCACAAGCAGCAAUGGCUCAACUGUCUCCGUUCCGCCAUGUCGACCUACAAAGACUCCGCCAUUCCCGAAGACGAACCCCCGUCCACCCCCCCACCGGCGGACACUUGCAGCAAACGCCGUUCGUCGUCCAUCUCUGCCGUCAUGCAUAUGGAAGAGUCGGAUGAGAAUUGCCCGAGCAUCGCGUCUUCCGCCCCUUCGUCUCCCAGCUCGGAGGAGCCGCCCAGCCCCACGACCUCCACCACCUCCACCCUCUCGUCUUCGUCGUCGUCAUCAUCAUCAUCAUCUUCCGUCCCCUUGUCCCGCAAAUCCAAAAAAGACAAACGUUCGCUCUGCUCGUUGGGCAAGCGGAAGGAGACCAUGGUGUAAAGCAAAGACUUUGAGGACUGAGCUAUCCCACCAUGCGGAGGACUUGUAUUUAUGUGUGUAUGUUUCUACAGCAGUGUUUGUGUGUUACUGUCCACAAUGGCAGCUAUUAUUACCAAAUCCCAACCUGAACCCUACUAUGUCCACCUGUACCGGAAAGACAGUAUUUGUAAGACGAAUGCGUGGAUCGCGAGGGAUCGGAGACGGAUGGCAUCCCAUCCCGCACACAAUCGCACAUUUAGUCUUGUUUACUGUUAGUUUGGUAUUAUUUUAUUAAUAUUGUAAUUAAAGUUUUACUUUUUUAAACUUUGCAUUAAGAUAUUUACUGUAGCUCUUUUUUGUUUUUAUCCAAAAGCACUGUGGUUAACGUUUAGCUGUUAAAAUAUGAAUGGAAAGAUACCCAAUGAAUACUUUGUAAAAAGAAAAGAAAAUACUGGAAAGCAAGUCUUACUGGUACAUUCCCAUGUUUAAUUUUAAAUCAGAUGGCAUUGUUUUUAUCAAAACAGCACGGAAGAUAGCUACGUUCAGUAGCUGAAUGAUUUUAAGCGUUAUUAUUUUGUUUUACUCAAACCUGAGCCAUGUUUUUCAAACGUUACGGAGGAAUAUUCAAAUGUAGUAUCUUGCAUGGAGCUUUACUUGUUGAGUCCUGUUUCUUUUCAUGAGGGCUCAGUGCAUGUACAUGCGUGUCAGAGCAGAAGAUGAGAGUCGUAUAGAGGCGUAGAUGUAUGUUUAAUGAGGGUUCGAGAAAUGUUGACGUGAGACUAGAAAGGAAACUGGAGUAGCAUUGGACACGAUUAGAGAGACUUGAUGAUCAGCACUACUAGAGAUUAGUUUUAUUUUUGUAGUGUCUUCAUUAGGGAGAAAGAUUUGGUGACCUGGUGAAAAGCCGGUGUAAAUGUUUUAUUGAAAGAAAGCUGAAGUAUGUUGGAGAGGAGAAAUUGAAAGGUACAGAAUGUUAAGAUGUUUGUAAUGAAAUUAAUGGAUGUACAAUAUUGAGAAAGACUGCGUUGGCUUGUAUGUGUAUGUGGUUUAAAAAAAAUAUUUAAGAAAAAUAAAGGUCUGUGUAAGAUUUGCAUC